AUGACUCAGGAAGGUGCAGUAGCCCUCGGCAUCGUCGCCUACAAUCAAGUCUCGAACAGUUGGAGCGGCCACUCCUACUACCUUGGCUCAACACACAGAUUUGGAAUAUACGAAGCUGAACUCGUUGCGCUAUACAGUGCUGUUCUCAACGUCCAAGAGGCAAUCGACUCUUCUCAAUUAACGGCACCACCAAACAUCCACAUCUACUCGGACAGCCAAGCGACACUGAAAGCCCUAAGAUCAUGCACACUGCACGGCCCAGCCCAAUACAUCCUGAAGAGUAUACUCACGAAGUUAACGGACAUGAAGGCGCUUCACCCAGACACCCAAUUCAACUUUCACUGGAUACCUGGCCACAAGGGAAUUGAAGGCAACGAGAGAGCAGACCGCGCCGCGAACAAAGGCAGAGCAAACCACGGAAACGGUUUUGUUCUGGAUAUAGAACUCCGAACCUCCUGCUCUGUUACCCGGCGAAACCUCCACGAAACCCUCACUGCACCCAUGCGCGUGGAGGGCAACACUCUCACGGGUCUCACCUCAAGAACAGCAAGAACCGCCAAAGGCAAUCUCAGCUCCAUCAAGACCGCCAAGCUGUUGGAAAGUGUGCCCCGGGCCACUCGCUGUCUAGCAACACAGCUCCGCUCUGGACACUUCCCUACCACUAAGUCCUAUCGCUAUCGCUUUAAGCUCACUGAUUCUGCCAAGUGCAGCACCUGUCGAUUAGACGACACUAUCCCACACCGUAUCUUCAUCUGCUCAAGACACAUCAUGGCGAGAAUAGCUUUGAGAAGGAAGAUUCUCGCUCUCGGUAUUAGGUUCGAAUUGGGACCUAUGCUGAGAAACGCCAAAUCUCUCCAAGCGCUAUACGAAUUCUUCAAGCCACAAAUCUCCCAUUCUCACCGACUUCUGUAG